AUGGAUGCCAACACUGUUAGCUUGAAGCUUCUUGUUGACUCAACUAGCCAAAGAGUUUUAUUUGCAGAAUCUGGGAAAGAUUUUGUUGAUUUUAUGUUCAACAUUUUGUCAUUACCUAUUGGCAGUGUCAUAAAGCUUCUCACCAAAGAACAGAUGGUGGUUUCCCUUGGAAACCUUUACGACAGCCUUGAGAAUAUGAACGAUACCUAUAUUCACUCACCAAAAAACAAAGACACCCUUUUGAAGCCUAUAGUUCCCAACAAUGCUGCAAAUGUGCCUCACUUGUUGCCAACACUCGAAUUUUCCAAACCCAUCGGAAUUUAUAGGUGUGGUAAUUACCUUCGUAGCAACUGUGAUCUUUAUGUUUCCAAUGAUUCUAAAUCUAUUUGUCCUUCCUGCAAUAAUGUUAUGAAUCAAACUGCAACCAAUGUUAAUCCAAAAAAUAAGGAUUCAUCUACUAAUGAGGGAGGUUAUGUGAAGGGGUUGUUACUGUUGAAGCUGGCUUACAUGCAAACCAUGAAGCAGACCAAGCUGCCCCGAGCCAUGCAAGUUGUUGCUGAAGAUCAUGCAGAUGUUUUGUUACUUAGUUAG